AUGGACGCGUCGUCGUCGGAGGACCGCCAGUCGCCACGCAGCAGGCAGCUGCAGCUGCAGGGCCCGCGCCCCCCGCGGCUGUCCGUCAGCAAGGACUCCCACAAGAUCAGGAAGCCGCCCGUCGUGCCGCUGCCUUACGGAGCCCGGCAGCAAGCCCCCAACAACCGCCACCCGCAAGCUCAGCCGCAGCAGCCGCGGGCGCCGGUCAUCAUCUACGACGCCUCGCCCAAGGUCAUCCACACCCAGCCCGGCGAGUUCCUGGCGCUCGUCCAGCGCCUCACCGGCCCGGGCGCGCCGGCUCAGUCCUCCACCGAGGCGGCGGCGGGGCCCUCUGCCGUGCCGCCGCAGUUCCAGCCGCAGGAAUCGCCUUUCUCGCCGGCAGCGAGGUACGCCGCGAUCGAGAGGUCCGUCCGGCCGCUGCCGCCAGGGCCCGCGCCGUACGCCGCCGGCUCCUGGCUGGACCUGGACGGCUUCGCGGAGGUCCUCGGCCCGGGACGGCCCGGGAUCCUCUCGCCCGUGCCGUCAGCGCUGCCGGCGGCGGCCUCGGCGGGGCUGUUCUCGCCGCUGCCGUUCGACACCAGCUCCCUGUCCUGGCUCAACGACCUGAGCCCGUUCCUCGCCUCCGCCGGCGCCCGCGACGCGUCGAGCCCCGGCGGGCUGCUGCUUGCCACGCCCACCAUGCCCUCGCCGGGGAUGAUUGUGAGGUUCUUCACCGACUUUCCGGACCUGUAA